UAGUCCGAUCAAUUUACGACAAGGCUACGACGGUGACGGGGGAGAGGUGUGGGUCUGGGCUCGUGGUCUUCCUCGUCUCAGAUGCGGGCUCAAUGGUGGGGAUGGGGAUCGACGUGAUGAGAAGAAUCAUCUUCCUCUCCUAUAUUUUACUGAAUUUGAUUAUUUAUCUAAGUGAAAGAUGCAUCUGAUUUCUUAAAGGACUUGUCCAGCAACUUAGAGAUUGAAAAUGAAUACGGAAAUAUUGAAGGGAAGUUUGGGCAGAAAGGAAAGGACUAUGUUAAGUGGGCAACAAAGAUGGCUUUAAGCCUUGGUGCUGGGGUUCCAUGGGUGAUGUGCAGGCAAACUGAUGCUCCGGGUGAAGUUGUAAGAUAGAUGCAUGCAAUGGAUACUACUGUGAUGGUUAUAGGCCAAAUUCCUAUAACAAACCCACGCUUUGGACUGAAAAUUGGGAUGGAUGGCUUACUGAGUGAGCCUAAAUGGGGACAUCUAAAGGAUCUGCAUGCUGCUAUAAAGCUCUGUGAACCUUCUCUGGUUGCUGCUGAUUCACCCCAGUAUAUUAAAUUAGGACCAAAGCAGGAGAAUUAUGGUGCAUUCUUGGAGAAAGACGGAGCAGGGUUUAGAGGGCAAGUUAAACUUACUGGAUUUCAAAAUGGGGAUAUAGACCUCUCAAAGUCUUUAUGGACCUACCAGGUUGGGCUCAAGGGAGAAUUCUUGAAGAUAUAUGCUGCAGAAGAAAAUGAAAAGGCAGGGUGGACUGAUUUAACUCCAGAUGCUGAUCCAUCGAUAUUAACAAUUUGAUGGCACCGCCUCCACCACCUCCAACAGACCAAGCUUCAGAUGCAAAUUUAAGAGAGUCUCCAUCUAUUUCAGUUCGGGAGUCACAAGAUGAUUCUUAGUUUAUUUACAUUAAUUUACUAAGGAAUGAACUUUAUGAAGUUUUUUUUUAUUUUGGUAGGGGUAACCUUAAAAUGAUAACUUUAUGACUUAUUUUAGUAUUGAACAUUACAAAGAAUUUUAGCAUUAAACAUUUUA